AGACUGCUGAGGUAGUGAACUGGACACUAGAGGAGUAUGUGAGGUUGUGGAGUGCAUCUCUCUGUCCUUUUCUCCCUCCCUCUCUCUCUCUCUCUCUCUCUCUCUCUCUCCUUUUCUCCCUCUCUCUCCUUUCCUCCCUCCCUCUCUCUCUCCUUUUCUCCCUCCCUCUCUCUCUCCUUUUCUCCCUCCCUCUCUCCUUUUCUCCCUCCCUCUCGCUCUCUCUCCUUUUCUCCCUCCCUCUCUCUCCUUUUCUUCCUCCCUCUCUCUCUCUCUCCUUUUCUCCCUCCCUCUCUCUCCUUUUCUCCCUCCCCCUCUCUCUCUUUUUCUCCCUCCCUCCCUCUCUCUCUCCUUUUCUCCCUCCCUCCCUCGCUCCUUUUCUCCCUCCCUCUCUCCUUUUCUCCCUCCCUCUCUCUCUCUCUCCUUUUCUCCCUCUCAUUUUCUCCCUCCCUCUCUCUCUCUCCUUUUCUCCCUCCCUCUCUCUCUUUUUCUCCCUCUCUCUCUCCUUUUCUCCCUCCCUCCCUCUCUCUCUCGGACGGGGCAGGGGGAUGCAGGCUGGGCUGUCCAGUAAAGAUAUCCCAGGGCUCAUAAGGAAGGGAAAGGAAGAGAAGAGAGGCUGCUGAUGUGUGCAGCUACUCCCAACGCAGUCCCCUCUCUUCGUCUCUUUCUCUUACUUUCUUUCCUACUCUCUCUUUCCACUCAAAACAUGGAGUCCAGCAUGGAGUCCAACAGUCCUAAGAAGAUCCAGUUUUCUGUGCCUGUGUUUCAGAGUCAGCUGGACCCUCAGGCAUCGGAGCAUAUCCGUAAGAGGAGACCUACACCAGCUACCCAUGUCAUCUAUCUUCCACCAGACCUAACUGCAGCAGAUGACAAACAUCAAGGAGAGGUCCAGAGUGCAGAGUCGUCUCCUGCUCAGAGGAAACACAGCGUCUACUCUCCACCCACCAUGAAAGGCAGAGAGCCCACAGACUGCUGUAGAGGCCUUGGUGAGGACAGAGACAGCCUGCCUCCUACCAGACUGCCCCAGUCCCACACAGACACACUGACCCUAGCAGAUGAGCUAUCAGGGGAUCUGCCACGGCUGGCAGACACACCAAGGCGCAAAGACACCCCCUACCAACACCAGCCUCCCUUUACUCCAGGGGUCAAGCUGUUCAAGAGCCAAUCAAAAGUAUCCUUCCCUGAGGAGGAGGAAGAGAAAGAGGAGGAGGGGGAGGAGAAAGAGGAGGAGGAAGACAAGCAGAAGAACUGGGAUCCAAAGUGAAGAGGAACACAAACUGUAGAUCCAUGUUUCUGAUGGUUAAAAGUUCAAACACAUGACUGGGUUAAGAACUCUUGGUUAGAAAUGUAUCUACACUUGAUCAGGUUAUCAUUUCUAACCUGAUAAUCCAUUUUAUUCAGCCUUGUAUUGUUGAGGUCAAGAAAGGACAAUUUAAUUAAUUUCUCUGUAUCUCAAACUCUUCUUUUAAGUCUUGGUUAUGUAUGGUUGAUUAUCGUUAUAUAUUGUAAUAAGAGAGUAUGUGGGGAAUAUCAACAGCAAUACUGACUGAUAUGCAGUUAACGUUCACUGGAAAUAUACAGAUUUUAGUUUUCAUUUUGUUAUAAAAGAAAAUAAUAUCUACUUCUAUUUUUGGCAUCUCACAUUGUCAUCUCAUAAUGUAAAAACACUUGCUGAUAUUUCACAUAUAUUUUUGUAGUAUUUUAUACUGAAACUGGGCUUUUGUGCAUACAGUAUAGCAGACUUGUGUACUACAGUACACUGAGGUACGAACAAAGACGUCCUGCAAACAAGGGUAUUUUCUGGAGUGUCUUAUGUCCUAAUAAAGUUACUCAUUUUAUGAACACUUGGCGAAACCUGUAUGUUUUUUCAUCAUUCAUUAUUGUACAAAAAUGACAAACAAAUGUCCUUUCUAAAGCCUCAUAUAACAUAUUGCCAAACCCUCUCUUCUGAAUGGCAGGCAUCGUUAUUUUAGUAGGCUAAUUGUUAUCUCAGCAAAUGAAUUAUGGGAAGAUUUCAUAACACAAAAUAAAAAUAUGUACCCAUA